AUGAGCGCAGCCAAGAGCCUGGUUGACAGCACCAUCAACGGCAACAAGGUGGUCGUCUUCAGCAAGACAUACUGCCCAUACUGCACCAAAGCCAAGCGCGCGCUGCAGCAAUUCCUGGAUGCCAGCAAGAUGACCGUCAUCGAGCUGGAUGCCCGCAGCGACGGCUCCGCGGUGCAAGACUAUCUGGCGCAGCUGACGGGCGGGCGCUCUGUGCCCCGCGUGUUCAUUGAGGGCCAGUUCAUUGGCGGCGGCGACGAUACAGAGGCCCUGGCACGCUCGGGCAAGCUGGAAGUGAUGCUGCGCAAUGCGGGCGUGCUGUCGUGA